CAUUCUUGACCUCAUCCACGCGGUCAUUCAUCUCUGGUACAUUCCUUCACUAUUUCCAGAUAGAUGGACCUGGGCCCUGGCUCUAGAGGUGAUCUUGGGUAGCCAUACAGCCGCUUCCAGACCGUUUCUUUGCCUAUGGAACAGCCUUCGGAGCCUUUCGCGCGGCUGGUCGGGACGGAGGGGUGAGCGAGCGCUCUGCUUUGUCGGUUCAUCGCGGGAUCUCCCUGUCUGUAGGGCUUGGUGGAGUGACUACAGGUGACUGGGGUGGUCUCUGACACUUUGGCAGCCUUCCCUGGACGUGGACCUCCAGUGCCUUGACAGUCCUGCUACAGUGAGAGGAUGGCAGCUACAGGAACGGAAGCAAAGGACCUCGAAAACCAUCACAAUGACUGCUUCAUUCAACUUCCAAAUCCAAACAUAGCAACAAUGAAAGAAGAUGUUCUCUAUCAUUUCAACCUCAGCACUAGUACACAUGAUUUCCCUGCUAUGUUUGGAGACGUGAAGUUCGUGUGUGUUGGUGGAAGCCCUUCCCGGAUGAGCGCCUUCAUCAGGUAUGUGGCCGCUGAGCUGGGCCUUGACCAUCCAGGGAAAGAAUAUCCCAACAUCUGUGUAGGCACUGACCGCUACGUCAUGUAUAAAGUCGGACCUGUGCUGUCUGUGAGCCAUGGCAUGGGCAUUCCUUCCAUCGGGAUCAUGUUGCACGAGCUCAUCAAGAUGCUGUACCAUGCACGGUGCACCAACAUCACCAUCAUCCGCAUCGGCACUUCUGGCGGGAUAGGUCUGGAGCCUGGCUCUGUGGUCAUCACCCAGCAGGCCGUGAAUGAAUGCUUCAAGCCACAGGUUGAGCAGAUUGUCCUGGGACAGCGGGUGUUUCGCAGCACCAACCUGGACGCACAGCUGGUGAAGGAACUGAUGCAGUGUUCCUCAGACCUGAAUGAGUUCCCCACUGUUGUGGGCAACACCAUGUGCACCUUGGACUUUUAUGAGGGACAAGGCCGUCUGGAUGGUGCCAUCUGCUCCUACACAGAGAAGGACAAACAGGCCUAUCUGCAAGCAGCCCAUGCUGCAGGUGUCAGGAAUAUUGAGAUGGAAUCGUCAUUGUUUGCCACCAUGUGCAGUGCCUGUGGCCUGAAAGCGGCUGUGGUGUGUGUCACCCUCCUGGACAGACUGCAAGGGGACCAGAUCGACACCCCCCAUGAUGUGCUGGUGGAGUACCAGCAGAGACCUCAGCGGCUGGUGGUCCACUUUAUCAAGAAAAGCCUGGGAAAGGCCUGAGGCUCUGCUCUUCACCACUCAGGACAAGCCGGUGCAACUCCUGGCCAAUAAAUCUAUUUUUCAUAUCCUA